CAUUCUGGUAAAAACACAUAUUUCUUUUUUCAUUUAAUCAUUCUUCUCCUUGUCGCAUAUGUACUGGUCGACUUCUUGUGGACUAUGAAUUGUUAAAUAUUUGCAAUAACUUUAAUUUUGACUGAAGUUGUUUUCAACUGUAAAAUCCAUUUUUAACAAUUCCACUCGAAAAUCUUCAAUCAGCAAUGGACUGUGAUAAAGAAAAUAUGGAACAACAACCUUCCACAUCUACUUUCAAUAAUGCUGAAAUAGGAGAAGGAAGUAAAAGAUUGAGAAAUGAAGAAGUAGUGGUUGAUUCAGAAGAAAGUUCCAGUAAAAAAGCAAAGAAUUCUAUAUGUCUACUGAAAGUACGCACGUCUAACGGAAAAUUACGAUUUUUGGACCUAAAUAUUAUGCGAUGCUCUUCUGUAAUAAGACAUAUGGUCGACAAUCUGGGCGUAGACGAUUUGGGAGAAAUGGAAAUACCGAUACAAGUUAACUCAACCGUUUUGAAUACGAUAGAAACUUGGGCAACGCAUCAUAAGGAUGAUUAUAUGAUUCUCGAAACUGAUGACAAUCCGGAUAACCUACCUAGCUGGGACAGUCAAUUUUUCAAUGUUGAUAAAGAAAUAUUAUGCGAUAUAUUGCUAGCUGCGGAUUAUUUAGAAAUAAAGAGCUUGAUGAAGGUUGUAUGCAAGAAGAUCGUCAGCAGAAUACGAGGUAAAAGGCCUUGUGAAAUGCAUUUCUAUUUGAUUCGAUGUUAGUUUGAAUAUUGUAUAGAUAUUAUGACUUGUAAUGUAGGUAAAAUUUUUAAAGGUGUUUGUUGUUUUUUGUUAUAUAUAUUAAUGAGGUAGGCGAGUGACCUGCAUAGUUUAAACUGUUUUAGUUGUACUCUGUACUCUCCAUAAAACAAACAUAAUUGUGUCAACAUAUACUGAAAUAAUAAGACUGUUUUAUGUU